UUGAGGGCGGGAGGCUGGGGGAGGGUAGCGGAGCCGGCGCCGCCGCCAUGUUGGGUCUGAGGCGGCUGCUGUAGGCGCCGACGGAGCGAGCGGACUUGAGGAGCGGCGACAGCGACGUGGGAUCUGCCUCUCUGCGAGCGGCCGGGAGCGGCGGCGGCGGCGGCGCCAUGAGCGGGGGCACCCCUUACAUCGGCAGCAAGAUCAGCCUUAUCUCCAAGGCGGAGAUCCGCUACGAGGGCAUCCUCUACACCAUCGACACCGAGAACUCCACCGUAGCUCUCGCCAAAGUUCGAUCCUUUGGUACAGAAGACAGACCAACAGAUCGUCCAAUACCACCUCGUGAUGAAGUCUUUGAAUACAUCAUAUUCCGUGGGAGUGAUAUUAAAGACCUCACUGUUUGUGAGCCACCAAAACCACAAUGUUCUUUGCCUCAGGACCCAGCUAUCGUUCAGUCUUCACUAGGCUCAUCUACUUCUUCAUUCCAGUCAGUGGGUUCCUAUGGACCUUUUGGCAGGAUGUCGACAUACAGUCAGUUCAGUCCAAGUUCAUUAGUGGGGCAGCAGUUUGGUGCUGUUGGUGUUGCUGGAAGCUCUUUGACAUCCUUUGGAACAGAAACAUCAAACAGUGGUACCCUAUCCCAAAGUAGUGCAGUUGGUUCUGCCUUUACACAGGAUACAAGAUCUCUAAAAACACAGUUAUCUCAAGGUCGUUCAAGCCCUCAGUUAGACCUGAGAAAAAGCCCAACCAUGGAACAAGCAGUACAGACCGCCUCGGCCAACUUACCUGCUCCAGCACCUGUUGGGAGGAGGAGCCCUGUAUCAACCAGGCCUUUACCAUCUACCAGCCAAAAAGCAAUAGAGAAUCAAGAGCACAGGCGAGCUGAAGUACACAAAGUUUCAAGACCAGAAAAUGAGCAACUCAGAAAUGAUAGCAAGAGACAAAUCGUUCCAGGUGCUCCUUCAGCUCCAAGAAGAGGACGUGGGGGUCAUCGAGGUGGCAGGGGACGAUUUGGUAUCCGACGAGAUGGUCCAAUGAAGUUUGAGAAAGACUUUGACUUUGAAAGUGCGAAUGCACAAUUUAACAAGGAGGAAAUUGACAGAGAGUUUCAUAAUAAACUUAAAUUGAAAGAAGAUAAACUUGAGAAGCAGGAAAAGCCUGUAAAUGGUGAAGAUAAAGGAGACUCAGGAGUUGAUACCCAAAACAGUGAAGGAAAUGCAGAUGAAGAAGAUCCACUUGGACCUAAUUGCUACUAUGAUAAAACCAAAUCCUUCUUUGAUAAUAUUUCUUGUGAUGAUAAUAGAGAACGGAGACCAACCUGGGCUGAGGAAAGAAGAUUAAAUGCUGAAACAUUUGGAAUCCCACUUCGUCCAAACCGUGGCCGUGGCGGUUACAGAGGCAGAGGAGGUCUUGGUUUCCGUGGUGGCCGAGGGCGUGGUGGUGGCAGAGGUGGUACCUUCACUACCCCUCGAGGAUUUCGUGGUGGAUUCAGAGGAGGUCGUGGAGGCAGGGAGUUUGCAGAUUUUGAAUACAGAAAAGACAACAAAGUUGCUGCAUAGUCUACAGACAAGUCUUUGAAAGUAGGUGAAUUUCUAGCUCUUCAUGGUCCUGAGAAUUGGUUCCGGUCUUUGAGAAGAAGGAAGAGGUGAAUCCGCUGUAUAUUUGUCACCAGCACUGGGUGUUUGUUUGUGUGUUUUUUUCUGCUUAAUUUCAAAGAUCCAAUGCAGUUACUUUGGGGGGGAGGGAGGGGGCGGGAAGGCUCAUCUUAAAAAAUGAGCAUUAAAUAUAUUUGGAAUAGCAGAAGGUUAAGUAAUUUCUUAUGUAUAGUUAAACUACAACAGUACUUCAAUGGGACUUAUAAGUAUUUUUUCAUCACUGAAAGGAUUUUUCUUAUCACUAAAUUGUAUUUGGCAAUGAUUGUAAGUUGCCUGCAGAUAGGGCCGUGAUACUGUGUUUUGAGCCACAGAAGGUUGUGUGUGUGUGUGUGUGUGUGUGUGUGUGUGUGUGUGUAUCUUUCUCUCUUUGUUUCUUUCUUUUUGGAAAUCCUGUAAUAUCCCUUUUGAGGUAGCUUAUUUCGUCAAUUAAUUAGGGUGCUGGAUGGUAGAGAAUUUUGUCAGUCAACUAUGUAAACACAGUAAAUACUGUUUCUUAGGCAAAGGUAACUUUUUUAUAUAGUUGUAAAAUUCCAUUAUAUUCCAUUGCCAAAGAAACAUUAAGAACUUUGUAUAGCUGUAUAAAAAGCAACUAAUUUUUUAAAGAAUAAACAUUUUAAAGUCAGCAAACAUAUUGUGUCCUUGCAGAAGUUGAUGUGCUGAGGAGCAGAGCUAUGGGUGGUGGGUCUUUUUUCAUAGUUUUCCAGGCUUGAGAUUUCUGAUUUUGUUUUUUUUUUUUUUUUUUUUUUUUAAUGUUUGGAACACAAAUGAAGAUUUGAUACAUUUCUUCCAUUACCUGAAAAGGAUAAAUUGCUCAUACUCAUUGUAAGAACUUCAUUUUAUAACAAAUGGCAUAUCACAGGAUUUGUCUAAAUAAUAAAUAUUUUCAGUAUAUGAAUGUAAAUAAUCAUAGAUAAGAAUGUACUUAGCUGUAUUUUCAAAUAAGCACCCUCCCCUUUUUUAAGACAAUAAAACUGGGCAUCAAUUAACCUGUUCUUCCA